AUGGAUUCUACCAAUUUUGUUGAGCUGUUGAACAGUCAACAAGAUACUAUCUUUCCUGAAACCUUUCCUUAUGCACGUUUUUCACAUGGUGGUGAGCACGGUUCAUCUCAACUCCCUACUGAAACCUCUAGCUUCUGUGAAGAGUCACCAACAAAGCGGAGAGGAAGAAGGAAAUGGACAGUGUCAGAUGAUCUAGUCCUCAUUAGCGCCUGGCUAAACACGAGUAAGGACCCUUUGGUGGGCAAUGAACAGAAAGCACGAGCUUUCUGGCAACGUAUUGCAGAGUACUAUGCAGCAAGUCCAAAGGUGGAAAGGGGUGAGAAGAUAGAGCCCAUUCAGUGUAAGCAAAGACAGAAAACAAGUGGUCAGAGUGAGACUGAUAUUGUGAAAAUGGCACACACCAUCUUUGCCAACGACCAUAAAACAAAAUUUAACCUUCACCAUGCUUGGGAGGAGUUGAGGCACGACCAGAAAUGGUGUGAAGCUGCAACGCACAAGAUUACUGGAAGCAGUAAGAAGAGAAAGUGUGAUGGAGCACAAUCAGAUGGAGCAACUUCCCCUCUCUGUGAUCAAGCAACGCAACGACCUCCUGGUGUUAAGGCGGCGAAAGCAGCAAGCGGUAAGAGAAGUAUAGGAGAUCACCAGGAAGGGAAAGGAACAGCUGAGUUUCAGACAAUGUGGUCUAUUAAAGAGAGAGAUUUGAUCGUUAAAGAGAGACUUUCGAAGCAACGUUUGCUUGAAAGUCUCAUCUCCAAAAAAGACCCACUUUCUGAAGCUGAAGAAGCUCUAAAGCAGAAGCUAAUAAAUCGAGUGUUUGAAGAUGUUUAA